AAAGUAAGUAAUAAGUUUAGUAGUUUGUUCUUUUCAAAUAUUGCUGCAGCAUGAAUUGUACUGUUGUUGUAGUGGGUCAUGAUUGAGGUAGAACUGGAGACCUCAGCAGAUUAGCAUUCCUUUACUUUGUAACCUCUAUUUGGGGCUGCAGCCUAGGGCUGCAUGUUGUCUCUGGCGAGGCAGCUUGCAGGAGUGCACCGUAGAACCAGUGCUUGUCAUUCAGCAGCCAUGUCAACUUUGACGAAUUUGCGAUUCGAUAACCUCCAGCUGCGCUCACUGCCUGUGGAGGAGAAAGAACCGAUCAGGUCAAGGCAGGUGCUGAAUGCCUGCUUUUCAUUGGUGAAGCCCACGCCUGUGGAAAACCCCAGCCUGGUCUGUGCUUCAGACGAUGCACUCAAUCUUGUGGGAAUAACUGGCAACGUUUCUGAAGAAGAGCUGGCAGAAGUGUUCUCGGGAAAUUCAAUUCUACCCGGCUCGACACCAGCUGCCCACUGUUACUGUGGCCAUCAGUUUGGAUACUUCUCUGGUCAACUUGGAGAUGGUGCUGCCAUAUCAUUGGGGGAAGUACUUGGACGCAAUGAUGAGCGCUGGGAAAUUCAACUGAAAGGUGCUGGCUUGACUCCUUUCUCUCGCACUGCUGAUGGCCGCAAGGUCCUUCGUUCCUCCAUCCGUGAGUUCCUGUGCAGCGAGGCAAUGCAUCAUCUUGGAAUACCAACUACGCGUGCCGGUACAUGCGUGACUAGCGACACUCAAGUAUUGCGUGACAAAUUCUACACUGGACAGUCGGCUUACGAAAGAGCGACGGUGGUGCUGCGCAUUUCACCUACAUUCUUGAGGUUUGGCUCGUUUGAGAUCUUCAAGUCGCCUGAUGAGUCCACUGGCCGUGCAGGUCCCAGUGAAGGAGAUGUUCAGCUGUUGGAGAAGCUGCUGGACUUUGCCAUACACACGUAUUUCCCCCAGAUUUCGACCUCGCUCUCGACAGAAGAGCAGCGCCUGGGCUUUUUUCGGGAGGUCGUGGAGUCCACCGCUCGUCUUGUAGCUGAGUGGCAGUGCGUAGGAUUUUGCCAUGGAGUUCUGAACACGGACAACAUGAGCAUCAUGGGCAUCACAAUUGACUAUGGUCCCUUUGGCUUCAUGGACUCAUUCAACCCUAACUUCAUAUGCAACUCAUCAGAUGAAGAGGGCCGCUACUCAUACAAGAAGCAGCCAGAGAUGUGUCGCUGGAACUUGGGCAAGUUUGCUGAGGCACUGUCGCCUGUGCUGAGCCAGGAGAAGACCAGUCCGCUGUUGGACCGGUUUGACAGUGUCUAUCAGGAACAUUACUUGCUGAAGAUGCGGCAGAAGCUUGGACUGGUGCGAACUGAUGGCUUCAAGGAUCAUGACAGUGAACUUCUCGAGGCGCUCUUUGAAACCAUGCAGAAGACUGGUUCGGAUUUCACCAACACGUUCUUGCUUCUGGCUGUGCUGCAGCCUUCUGACGAAGUCUCAACGGAACGAUGUGCUUCAGAGCUGGCCAAGCAGUGCAGCACGGUGGCAGAACUUAGAGCAGCCUGCAAGCCUCAGAUUUCUGAUCAGCAAUUGGGACAACUCUCUCAGCUGAUGCAGGUGCAGCCAGGCUUGUUCGGCGACCCUCGUGCCCUGGGACCGAUCAAGCGCGAGCUGGACAAGGCACAACGCUACAAGGCGCUGGAGGCGGUGUCAGAGGAAAGCAAGCAGGCAGAGGACAGGACGCUUUGGAUAAAGUGGCUUGACAUGUACAGGAAACGUCUCCUGCUGGAUAUUGAAAACCUGUCUGCUGAUGCCUUGUUGGAGGCCCAUCAGAAGCGCCGUGACAUGAUGGGUCGAGCAAACCCGAAAGUGGUAUUGCGUAACUACAUUGCCCAGCAAGCCAUUGAGAAGGCAGAGAAAGGCGACUUCUCCGAGGUGCGGCGUGUCCUGGCGAUGCUCCAGCACCCGUUCGAUGCAGUCCCUGAGCCACAGGCGGCUACUGUGACUGCCGGUGCACAGCCUGAAGCAGCAAGCUGUGCCGCAGCAGCAGCAGCAGUACCACCACCACCAGAGGGGGAAACGGCGACACCGUGGGAAGACCACCUAAAGCGACCGCCGCUCUGGGCUGCCAGUCUCAAGGUGUCCUGAUCGUCGUAAUUCUGUCACAUGCUGGCUCAAGUGACAGGUGAAACCCAGAGGGGAGCAGUGUACGACUCGUAGUUGAGAGAUCUGUGAAGUGACGGGGAUUUCCCUAAACCUGCUGUAGCUGGAGGGGAUCCUCUGAAGGCCAGUUCCAUCACUACAGUGUUGUUGCUCCAUAGACACAAUUCCUAAUAAUAAUAAUAACAUUAUGGUUGUUUAGAGAAGCAAUUGACGAGUGUUCGUAUUCACAGUUGCUCGUACAUGUAUGCUAUUGACACUUCUCGUCAGAAACAUAGUCCUGGCCUUUUCACAGGGAAUCGGGAACAUGAAACACACAUGCCCGCGUGCUCGCGCGCACGCACACAUGCACACACACGCGCACACACACACACACAUGCACGCACACACACGCACACACACACACACACACACACACACACACACACACACACACACACACACACACACACACACACACACAUCAUUCUGCUGGCAGACUAACUUCUAAGUGAGGCUGGGCUCUGCCGAGUCUCUCCGGCUCAUUAUUUUCCUGACGGGGGCUACAACAUGAGAAACUGCACUUCCAGCAAAUGAUUAUUGUAACUGUUAUGACCAAGCCAAUCGACAUGACCCACUCUUCGUUUGUCAUGUUUCUUUACAUGCAUCUACAUUAUACUUCAAGUAGGAAUGUUCUGGUCCAUACACUGUCACUACAGCACAUCUUACUAGUAUUGGCUUGAGAAAUUCUGCUUGUGGCUGUGUGAUAGUCCUCACCCCCACCCCCUUUCUACAUUGACAUUGUGUAGUCUGCAGCGAGAGCAAGUUUUGAAGUCAA